GCAACGUAGCUGAGAGGGAACCAAGGAGGAGUGUAUGAAUCCACGCACAUGUUAGGCAUAGCUUAUGUUUAGGUUAGAGAAGAGGAAGGAGAGGAAACAGAAAAAUGUGUGGGAGUUAGGCCACUGUUAGGUUUAUCAUUGUGGACCAUAAGGAGCCAGAGGAAGGGACAAGAAAAGACAGGUGGAAAGAGUAAGGAGCCAUAGGAGCCAGUGUAGGUGCUGAGGGGGGACACCCAAGGCCUGACUUAGUCUGCGUGAGUCAACUAUGCUAUAGGAUGGCGUCCAGCUCUGUGUUCUUGUCCAGUAUGGUGGGCAAAGCUCGCUCCUCCAACUUCACCCUCUCUGAGAAGCUGGACCUGUUGAAGCUGGUCCGCCCUCACAUCCGCAUCCUGGAGGAGCACACCAACAAGCAUGCAGUCAUCGUGGACAAGAACAAGUGCUGGGACACUGUGGCCGAGCAGUACAAUGCCCUGGGAGGGGACAGACCCCAUCGCACCGCUCAAGGCCUCCGGACCCUCUACAAGAGACUCAAGGAGUCAGCCAAGCAGGAAGUUAUGCAGCGUAGACACGCCCAGCCAGAGUACAGAGCUAGUAUCUCUGAGCCAACCAGGAGAAUUAUGGAGAUGAUCCCUCACCUGUUUCACCAUGUGCCCAUCCACGAGAAGGACCAGGCUCUGUGCAGAUUAAUAUACAGCAAGCACAGCUCUCCAAUCGAACAUCCUGGCAGCAGCUCCUCCUUGGCUGGACUCCAGGAUUACUCAGCAGCUGUCCCAAGUAUCCCCCAUGAGGUGGUCCAGCUGGACCCUGAAGAGGAUGUUAAACCUCCGCCAGACCUCCCUCUCCUCUCUGCACACACGGGGCCAGGGCUGGACGGAGGCCAGGAGCGUGAGGGGGAGCAGGACUUGGGCAGUGUGCAUGAUUACGAAGCAUCCCUGUCUCCCACCCCAUCCUCUGUCAACCUCCCACUCUCUACCUCACCGCUGCCCUUACGCCAUGACCUUUACCCAAACGACAUCUACCCCCACCAUGAGCCUGACAGGUUUCGCCCUCUCCACCUGGCCAAAGAGGAGCACGAGCUGGUGUUAUCCAAUCACAGGAAAGUUGCCAUAUACCUGGAUGAGAAGAGGGAGGGGCUGAAAAGGAAGCAGGACCUGGAGGAGGAACUUCUGAGAGCCAAAAUCAAAGUGGAGAAACUAAAGGCUGCACGACUGAGACACGGACUGCCAAUUCCUCUUUAACAAGCAUGAACGCACGUCCUUUGGCUGCUGUUAGAAAGGGAGAGGCUCUGAGGAGUUUAAAUGAGGAGAAAGAGCCAAGGAGACGUCAGUUUCAUGUCUGAAAGCUGUUUGAGAACUUUAAUUUGUAUUGGAAACAUAGUGCCUCGUACAGACACUACACAUCUGUUUGCAUCCUGCAGGAUAACUCAUGGGGAUGACUCGUGUUGCCAUCAGUGUGUUUGUGCCUGUCUGUGAAAAUGUCCAUCAUUCUCUAUGUGUACACAUGUAAACGCUCAUAAUAGAAAUACUGUGACAGGCCCUUAUAGGUGAAAUAAAUGUGAAAGCAAAGUAUCUGGAAGGGAAUAUCAAUAUAAAUGAAUGUUUCAUACCAUGAUGGUAAGCUUCCUGCCCCACUAAGUGUCUAUAGAAAUUUUAGCAUAGUGUUAAUCUGUAUUAUUCAGGUUUUACUUUUUUUUCUAACAGCAUUUACUGUUUUUAUUUUCUGAGGAAAGACGAGAGUAAGACUCUGAUGAGAUAUUGAGUUACUAUUGCAUUGUUUGUGGCCUAUUUUUGGAGUAAAGUAAAUCUCCACUUGAUAGGAAUGUGGAUAAAAACACAUGAUAAAUAAAAGAGAUACUUUCUUGUAGCACCUUGCAGAAACCAAAUUAGGGAUAAAGUUACAAAAAAGAAGCACCUCUCUAAGUCAAAAAGUUCAAUUUUAUUAGAGGUGAAAAAUGUUCAGAUAGCCAGGACUGAAACAUAAAAAUAUUUUAAAAAGCCUUAAGCAUGUGAUGAUUAUGAGGACAGCUUCUAUGUGUAACUGAAUUCGCACAGAAGUCAGUCAAGCAUUUUAAAGUCAGAAAUUGUUAUGCUGAAGUGCUGAAAGAAGGGAGAUGAGGUCGAUUUGUUGGCUUGUUUGUGACAUUG